UUUUUGGUGAGCCGCUAUAAUGGAUAUGUCCAGCACAGCCACAGCUUCAUCUUCAACUUCAACUUCCUCAAGUUCGACCAUGAGUAUGGGUGGAAGUUCAUGUCAGAUUUCGGUAUCGCAUCUUUUACGCAACAAAAAGGAAAUAUGUUAUGGAACUGGAACACGGUUGAUUCGUGCUUCAUAGCGGAAUCAUGGCACAUCACCUCAAAGGGAAUGUUUGCUGGCUCUUGUAUUGGAGUAAUUUUUCUCGUUAUCUGCCUGGAAUUUCUUCGUCGCCUUGGCAAAGAAUACGAUCGCUUUCUCUCCAGACAACAUGAGCUAGCUGUUGCAAAUACAGAAUCGGAAUCUUCUGUUGAAGCUUUUUGCCCGAAGAAUAGGCCCCUUACUUUCACACCAUCGAUACUUCAACAGUCCAUCCGUGCUCUAUUACACAUGGCUCAGUUUGCCGUGGCCUACAUCGUUAUGUUACUUGCUAUGUACUUUAAUGGCUAUAUCAUUAUUUGCAUUUUCAUUGGUGCCUACAUAGGCUCAUUCAUAUUCUCCUGGGAAUCUAUCAGUCUGAGAUCAUUGGACUUGCGGAGACCCGGUGUAUCUGACCAUUGCUUUUCGGGAGAUAGAUAUAACAAGCAGACGAGUGUCGUAAAUGAGACAACUGUUUGCUGUGGUUGA